AUGACCCAAGCAUACGUCUGUAAUGAAACAUCUGAAAAACCAAAACCAUCAUUUAUUGUUGGACCUGGUGGUGUACCGAUUCCACAAAUUAAUCUUCUGAAGCAUUUAGCACCAAAUGGUCAGAUAAAAUUGAUGUGUAUAACAUGGAAUAUGGCAUCAAGGUCACAAAUUUCCCUGUCAAAAAUAUGUGAGUUAGCGGCCAGCAGAGAUGUAUCGGAAAGAUCCGAUUUGAUCGCAUUCUCACUGCAAGAGCUUCCCGUUACUAAUGCUAAAUAUCACCAGGAGGCAGUACAGACACUUUCAGACAGUUUACGGGAUACGCAUCGCAUAUUUUGUUGGGUAAGAAAAUGGACACAAAUGUUAAUGGUAUUUAUUCGUCCAACAUUAAUCAAAUAUGCGUCACCUCCGCAAUGGCAGUUUAUCUCCACAUCAGUAAUCGUGAAACCGAUGCGUACAAAAGGGGCAAUCGCAGUAACUUUUCAGCUGUUUCAAACAACUAUUGCACUUGUUUCCUGCCACCUAUCGCAUGGGCCACUGGUAUACCGUAGAAACGAUUAUUUGAAGAUAUAUGACACUUUGAAGUAUUGCGUCAAAAAACUUUUUUGGUUUGGCGACAUGAAUUUUCGGAUUCUUGACCGACGGCGUUUCGAUGUACUAAAAGAACACAACAGAUUCAGUUCAUACAGCCAAAUUUUUACAGAUCUUCUUGCCGACGAUGAAUUAACCAUUGAAAAAACUAAAGGUAACAUCUUUGAAGGAUUUACAGAAGCAGAAAUAUGCUUUCCACCAACGCAUAAAUUUAUUAUCGGCACAGACGAAUAUGUCUGUAAUCGAAUACCGUCAUAUACAGAUCGAAUCCUUUAUUUAUCCCGGGAAAAUGGCACGAUCCGGCCCAUUGUCUACAAUGCCCUGUAUGAUGAGAACUCGUCAGACCAUAAGCCUGUAUUUGCCAUUUUUAACGUACGAGUUUCAGACUGCCGUGACUAAAA